AUUAGCACAGUGAUCAGUGGUAUAAAUAGUACCACAAAUCAUCUACCCCACACUGGUAAACUCACCUCUGAAAUACAUAGUACUCCACUACCCAACACUAAUACACUGACUAUUGGUACAAAUAUUACCACAGCUCCUCAACCCAGCAUUGGCACAGUGACCACUGGUAUAAAUAGUACCACAAAUCAUCUACCCCACACUGGUAAACUCACCUCUGAAAUACAUAGUUCUCCACAACCCAACACUAAUACACUGACUAUUGGUACAAAUAUUACCACAGCUCCUCAACCCAGCAUUGGCACAGUGACCUCUGGUAUGAAUAGUACCACAGGUCCUCUACCCAACACUGGUAAACUGACCUCUGGAAUAAAUAGUAUUCCAAUAUCCAACACCAGUACACUGACAACUGGUAUAAACAAUACCUCAGCUCCUUUACUCAACACUGGUACACUUCACACUAUCAAUACCACACCUGGCUCCAGUGCAUCUGCUGUCACUACCAGCCAUAGUUACACUCCUACCAUCAGUGUGAAUGGUAAGAUCACGAUUCUGCUGAAUGCUUCCACACAUGGUGGUGGCAUGAAUCCUGCUGGAUCUGCACUGCCUUAUAGAACACCAUCUGGCCCUCUAUCUAACUAUUCAAGCACAGCAGCUACCACUUCAAGAGCCACUGCAGCCACGCAACUCACCACCCUGAGACCAAUAUCAAGCACAAGUAUUUUCCACAGAAAGUUCACACUAAAAUUCAGCCUCAGUGAAACGUUCACGGCUGACCUGCUGAACUCAUCAUCUGAGAGGUACAGGAUUCUUGUGGAGACCAUCACCCGUGAGGUGGACAAAAUGUAUUCAGAGAAAUUCCCAAAGUCCUUCUUCAGAAGCAUUGUAACAGGAUUCAGCAACGGCUCCAUAGUGACAGAAGUUGAUCUUCUGUUUAAUGAGGGACAGGAGCCGCUCAGCGUGUCAGCCGUGCUGAAGGUGCUAUACGCCACCCUUACUAACAACUCCAACAGCCCCUUCCCUCUCAGGAUCAUACUGAUGUCCAUACAAGUGUUCGAGGAGAUCUCCAUAUCUGUGAACCUCUCCCUUGUCCUCCCGUCGGCAUCUGUGUUGGACCCCAACUCCCUGUUACACAGAAACAUCAGUGCCGCUCUUGACAACUGGCUGAAGCUUGUUCUUAGCAGACUUCUUGGGAAUACAAGCAAGGCAUUAUCUAUAAAAUUCAGUGAUGCGCAUGGAUGGGCGGAUGCCUCGCUGCACUAUCAACUCAAAACCCAAAUGCCCAUGUCAAAUAACAUUAUAGCUGCGGCCAUCCUCACCUCCCAGAGUCCCUUCUUGUAUUUGAAGCACCUGCUUUCAGUCAGUGGUUUUCAGGCCCAAUUUGAUUCAUUUCCAUUGCUUAUGAGGAUCACCAGUCUGAACUUCUCAGAGGAUCUUUCCAAGCGGGGAUCAGAGCACUUCGGCAUCUACAGCACAUAUAUUCGUACUUCAGUGAGAAAGCUUUACAAAAACACCGAGGGAUUUAAUGAUGUCUAUGUUACUAACAUGACGGCUGGGUCUCUGGUGGCCCAUCUCAUUGCGGUUUUUGAGAGGAACACAAGCACCCUGCUCUCUGUCACUGAGGUUCUGAAAUUGGGUCUGGCCCAGUUGGAGAUGGAUGGGCUCACUGUGGACCCUGCAACACUGGGCAUUGUGCCCCCUUCCUCCAUUCCUCCCACACCAUGGCGUUUUCCAGGGUACGCUGUGGCCAUCCUUGUCAUGUGCGGUAUUGUCCUCAUCCUGCUUCCUCUGGCUCUAUUUGUGGGUAUAAAGACUGGGAUGUGGAGGCGAAUAAGGACCAUGGUGUUCCUCAGCUCCUGGGGCUACGACGUAGCUGGAACACACUGCAGGAUCUGAGAGCCUGUCCUUCACUGGCAUCACACAUAACAACAUGAACCUCUGUCUUUUGGCUAAAGGGUUUCCUGAACACAAAAAAGAUUACUUUUGAAUUGUAAUGUUCUGCAAAACAUCUUUAGUUUUAUUCCUGAAAUGAAAAUAUAAACAAGAAUUAAGAUGGAAAUUUAGAAGACAAAAGGCACAGAUAUGAAAUACUGGUUACAUAAAAUUCACUGAUAUUUAGCAUACCAAAGGUAAUUUUUUUUCUAACUGAAUCAAGAUUACAUUGUCUCAGUUUAAAAUGAAAAGUCCAGAAUUAGAAUUAGAAAAUGCUUGUGCAACCUGCAUGAAGUAGUGUUACCUGCUCCAGAAUGACAACAUUAUUCCUUUACAGUAAGAGUUUAAGUGAUCAAAUUAAUGCCGGAAUAAAGGGAGUUUCAUCUAUACUAAUGAAUGAAAUAUUAUGGUGAAGACUGAUUGUGUUGUCUGUAUUACAAGGGCUG